AUGUCCGAUUCUGCUGAACUUCGAAAGAAGCGCCUUGUAGGUCAACUUAAAGGUAAACUUUGGUACUGUAUUGAGCAGCAAUUGCGCAGUGAUUUGCCCAACGGCACGGCAUUCACUCCGAAAUUUAUCAACGCUCUCGUUGAGCUUUGUUUCACACAAUUGGUGGACCUCGGCAGCGAUCUUGAGGCAUUCGCCCGACAUGCAGGCCGCAGUACGAUUGUAGGAGACGAUCUGAUGCUGCGAUUACGAAAGAACCCGGAGCUUCAAGCUCUUCUUCGCGCUGAGCUCGAGCAAUCAAGACUGGAAGCGAAGACCAGAUCUGCUCUGCGACAUAAGUAA